UCCACGCCCCCUUCCCCACCUGCAUUUGACGUUCCCCUCUCUAUCUCUGCCCUUUCUCUCCUCUCUCUAUCUGUCUAUUUUUUUUUACCCUACUUUCUCUCUCUACUGUGAAAUCAAUGCCUAUAGCUGCCCCAAGGCCUAUUUGUUUUUCUCCAGAUCCAUUCCAUCCUCCAUCUAGAUCUCAGUUGCAUGAACUCCACUGAGUUCUAGGUAUGGUUUUUUGAGGACUUAAUCAAAGCAUCUGAAGUAUCAUCAAGUGGCCAUGAUUGAAAGGAAUAAGGGGCGCAUCAUCAUUUCUAGAUCUGGUAUGGAUCCUGAUCUCUAGGUUAGAAUUUAGGCUGAAGGGGCGAGAGAGAGAGAGAGAAAAGCCUAAUAGAGAUGAACCCCAUAUCUUUUUUCUGAUUUUUCUUAGGUGGGGUGGGAGAAAACUCAAUUUGGGGAAUUGGGGUUUUCAGAAAGAGGUAUUUUUUGAGGUGGGGCGAGAGAAAACACGGAUUUGGCAAUUGGGUUUUUGAGAAAACGUACAUCUUUUGAGGUGGGGUGACAGAAGACACAGACUUGGCAAUUGGGGUUUUGAGAUUUCGUCUGGAAAAUGAAGGGCCAGAACCCCCUUCAACCUGGUAAGCCUUCUAGUAAGAUGUUUACGCUGGGGCUUGUGGGCGCGUGGUACUCUUCAAACAUUGGGGUUCUCCUCUUGAAUAAGUAUCUUUUGAGCAACUAUGGAUUCAGGUUCCCCAUCUUUUUGACCAUGUGCCAUAUGACUGCUUGUUCUCUUCUGAGCUAUGUGGCAAUUGCUUGGAUGAAGAUUGUGCCCAUGCAGACUAUUAGGUCAAGGAUUCAGUUCGUGAAGAUAGCUGCCCUAAGUGCAAUCUUUUGUGCCUCUGUCGUGAGUGGGAAUGUGUCUUUGAGGUAUCUGCCUGUGUCUUUCAACCAGGCAAUUGGGGCCACCACCCCCUUUUUCACAGCUGUUUUCGCAUAUAUAAUGACCGUGAAGAGAGAAGCAUGGCUCACCUAUGUCACCCUUAUCCCUGUUGUUGCCGGAGUCAUCAUAGCAAGUGGGGGCGAACCGAGUUUUCAUCUGUUUGGGUUCUUGAUGUGUAUUGCUGCCACUGCUGCCAGGGCCCUCAAGUCAGUGCUCCAGGGAAUACUGCUAUCUUCUGAAGGGGAAAAGUUGAAUUCUAUGAACCUCCUCCUCUACAUGGCUCCUAUAGCUGUUGUACUUCUUCUUCCUGCUACAUUACUUAUGGAGCCUAAUGUGCUGGGCAUAACUGUGGCACAAGCAAGGCAUGAUGUUAAAGUUGUAUGGUACCUGCUCUUCAAUUCAUCUUUAGCAUACUUUGUAAAUUUGACCAAUUUCUUGGUUACUAAACACACCAGCGCUUUGACUCUCCAGGUUCUCGGGAAUGCCAAAGGUGCAGUGGCUGUAGUGGUUUCCAUUUUACUCUUCAGGAAUCCUGUCUCUGUGGUGGGAAUGCUCGGCUACUCAAUCACAGUGUUUGGGGUCAUUCUUUACAGUGAAGUUAAGAAGCGAAGCAAAUGAAGGGAGCAGCCUAUCUUUCUAGAAGAAUAGAAUAGCGGGGCACAUGGCUCUUCACUUCUCUCGUCCAAGUUCAAGUUUUGGAGGCUCGUAUUGGUUACGAUGCGUAUGUGCUCUAUUCUUUUUUCUUGGGAACCUUAGGGGGUUCCCAAUCUGUAUCAACAGAGAGACCAAGUUAACGGAUCAAUAUCCAAAAAAAGAAAAAAAAAUUAAAUAAGAGGGAUGUUCUUUUAUCUCUUGGUGGUUCUUGGGCAUUCUUGGUUCUAACCAGGCUGUCAUGGAGGAAUGGAUGCCUUCAAUUCUUUGAAGAAUUGGCCUUCUCAAUUGGCUUGUGUGUUAUUACGAUAAAUGUUCUCUUUUGAUUUAUUAAUGGAAGAUGGUCCUCAUGUUCUAUUCCCA